UACCUUAUGUAAGGUCCGGCUGUGGUGACAUUAGCAGAUGAAUAUGGCUGAAGCUGUUGUUGAAGAUCAGCAUCCUUUUCGUUGUUCUAUUUGUUUGGAGCCUCUGAGGGAUCCAGUCACCAUUCCAUGUGGACACAACUAUUGCAUGAAAUGCAUAAGUGGCUGCUGGGAUCAAGAGAGUCAGAAGGGUGAGUUGUUCAGCUGCCCUCAAUGCAGGGAGACGUUUAGCCCACGGCCUGUCUUGAAGAAAAACACCAUGUUGGCUGAACUGGUGAGCCCAAUGAGGAAGAGCAGUAGGUCUUUGAUUGCUUCUCCUCCUCCUUCUCCUCCUCUUGCUCCGUACGCUGAACCAGGGGAUGUGGAAUGUGACUUCUGCAGUGAGAAAAAUCUCAAAGCUGUCAAGUCCUGUCUGGUGUGUUUGCUCUCUCUUUGUCAGACACACGUUGAGCCUCACUACAACGUUCCAGCCUUGAAGAGCCACAAACUGGUGCAGGCGUCCAGACAUCUACAACAGAAGAUCUGCUCUCAGCACGACAGGCUGAUCGAGGUGUUUUGUCGUACUGAUCAGAAGUGUAUCUGCAUGUUGUGCACCAUGGAUGGACACAAAGGCCACAAAACAGUCUCAGCUAAAGCAGAACGGAAGGAAAAAGAGACAGAGUUGGGGAAGACAAGGACAGCAUUCCUGCAGAGAAUUCAGAAGAGAGAGAAGGAACUGCAGGAGAUCCAGGAGGCCGUGGCAUCAUAUCAGCGUUCUGCCCAAAAGGCAGAGCAACACAGUGAGAAGAUCUUCAAGAAGCUUCUGGAGACUGUUGAGAGGAGACGCUCUGAGGUGAAAGAGCUGAUCAGAGCUCAGCAGAAGGCAGCAGUGAAAGAUGCUGAAGAUGUUUUGGAGAAACUGGAGCAGGAGCUGGCUGAGUUGAGGAGGGGACAUGCUGAGUUGGAGAAGCUCUCACUUGAGGAAGAUCACGUCCAUUUCCUCCAGAGUUUUCAGGUCCUGAAGUCCUCUGAAUGCAAACCUUCCCCCAGCUUCAGUCUCAGUCCACGCAUGUCAUUUAAUGACCUGAAUAAAUCGCUCUCUGCUUUGAAAAGUAAAGUGGAUGACCUCUGCAAACAGGACAUGAUAAAGAUAUCAGGAGAAGGUAUUGGCGAGUUUGGAACCGCAUUACGUGGCGUGUGUGGCCACGCUCAGCUGAUGCUUCUGAGCGACGGCUUCUACUGGCAGUUGUUGUCUCCUCUCCAUCUCCGGCCGCAACAAGUUGCGAGCAGUUACCGCUCGCCAGGUGCUCUGGGCCUACGCGAGUGGCAGGACGAGUCCCCGGGUGGUGGAUCUACUUCGGGUUGGUUCACAUUUCGGGUGCCCCUCCCCCUUUCAGUUUCCAGCAUUGGCUGA